UUGAGGAUGCACGCCUCUCCUAACAUUCUAGCUACCCACGUGUGUUACAUUUCUGUAGUGUAAAGGAAACAUCGGGUGGAUUUGGAGUUCUUGCCGAUCGGAAAACUUCAAAAUGCCAAAAGCACCACAGAAUAAGGGAAAGCCGGAAAACAAAGUGAUCCAUCCAUACAGUAGGAAAGCUGCACAGCUUGCACGGGAAGGCCAUAAACAGGACAGAAAGGAAAAGUUAAAAAAUGAAAAAGCUUUAAGACUAAACAUCAUUGGUGAAAAACUUCAGUGGUUUCAAAGUCACCUAGAUCCAGACAAAAAUGAAUAUACAAAGAAGGAAGCAUGUGAACUGAUUGAAAGUUAUAUGCAUCGUUUUGAUAGUGAGUUGGAGCAAAUUGAAUUACAAAACAGCAUCAAAGGCAGACAAGCUAGACAGCAUGUCUCUCGUGAGACCGUUAUCAAGCAGACGAUGGAGCGUGAAAGAGCACUUUACAAUGGAUAUGGAAUAGAAAUACCAGAUAUUGUGAAUGCAAAACAUCUGAACUUUUUCAGGGACUGGGAUUUGGAUCUGAAAAAGCUGCCAAACAUCAAAAUGCGUAAGUUUUCAGUCAGUGAUUCACUUCUCAAAAGUGAUAAAGAUAUUCAAAGUGGAAAUGGCAAAGGUGAAGAAAAAACAGAAAGUAAAGAUGAAAUUUUUCCUGACUCGGAGGAAAUUGGAAGUGAAUGAAGAGUACCAUGGGACCAUUUAAAUGUAUUUCUAAGAGCAUUCAUUUUUGAAUUAAGUUUGAGAUGGAAAUGUUUUGAAUUUGUCAUAAGUUAAAAUGCUAUUCUUAAAAGACUAUAAAAUUCGAAAGUGUGGUUUCUGCAAGUAUAUGACUUUAUUAAUAAUUCAAAACUGAAGCAGUUGUGUUUAUACAGAAAGUAUAAAAAGAAAAACCUUGCAUAUAUUGCAUGAGAUGUACUGUAGAGCAUACUUCAAUAAGUGUUGGCUACAAAUGAAAUGCUAAAAUUAAUUGCAUCCUUGAAAUAAGUUUUUCAUACAUAUUUUAAGAGAGUCACUUUGAAUAGAUCAUUUGAGCAAAGUAUACUUUUAUAUAUUUAAUAUAGAUCUAUUUAUAUGGCAGUUAUAUUGCAAUUCAUUUUUUAUAUGUUCUACCAUUCAAUUAAAGCUAGCUAAAUAUAUAAGGGUGAAACAUACAUGCCUUAUAAAAUAACAGAAUUAGAUCUUUUCACGAGCCGAAUCCUGAUUGCUAUCUCCAAAGUUUUUUAUUUAAGUACAACUAGGCAAUGUGAAUUAUAGGGACACUAUUGUAACCAGAACAACUACAGCUUAUUGUAUUUGUGCUGUUGAGUAGAAUCAUUCCCUUCAGGCUUUUUGCAGUAAACACUCUUUUCAGAGAAAAUGCAGUGUCGACAGCCUAGGGAUACCUCUACUGGCCACUCCUCAGAUGACUGCUAGAGGAGCUUCCCGGGGCACUGCUGAUUAGUCACUGUGUGGAUGACAUUCAGUGUCUCCACCCUCUGCAUGAUUCAGUGCAUCUCUAUGAUGAGAUGCUGAUUGGACAGGGCUGUUUGGCUUGUGCUGGCUCUGCCCCUGAUCUGCCUACUUGACAGGUCAAGCCAAUCAUAUGGGAGAGCAUUGUGAUUGGCUCAGAGAAUCACUUCUGAAGAUGUCAGCCAAGCAGGCAGAUCAGGGGCAGAGCCAGCAGCUGCAGACUUGAGUACAAGUAAGAUUUUACUAUAUUUAGGGGGCAAGGGGGGAAUACAUGUUUGUGUUCCUGACCAUAUAGUGUGCUUUUAACUAAAGUGUAUAUUGAAAAUCAGUACCACAUCAUGAUAACUUGAAAGGAUAAUCUGUAUGUUUUUUUAAACAACUAGUAAACUGUAUUUUAAUAAA